AUGAAUGAUAUAGACAUUAAUGAAUUUCUUGAGGACUGCGAUGAGUUUUCUGAUUUUGAUGACGAUAUCGUAGAUCCUGACUUCAUUAUACCUAACCAGGAAAAUAAUUUAUCUGAUAACCAAGAUGAUGAUAUGGAAGGUAUAUUAUGUUUAGAUUCUGACGUUGAAUGUGAAAAUCAACUCUACCAUGCUACUGAAAACGACCCAGUGGCUACAGAAAUAGUAAUUAUUGAGGCUACAGAUAGUUCUGACAGUGAAAGUGUGCCUACAAGAAAAGGGAAGAAGAGAAAAAAAAAUAAUGCAACUUGGAAAAGAAAUAUUUCAAAAAAUAAUAGAGCCGAAGGUAAUUCAUAUCUAAGUUUAAAUAAUAAAAAACAGGUACCUAAACGUACCACUGGGCCACCGUGUAAAUGUAUUGAUAAAUGUUUCACCAAAUUAUCAGAUGAAGAAAAAUUGUUAGUUCUUGAAACUUUUAAUUUAAUAAAAAAUAAAGAAAAGCAAGAUACGUACCUGUGUGGUCUUAUGUCUAUUAAACCUAUUCAAAGACGUAGACCAAAAGAAACAGGGAUAAAUAUUAUUAAUAGACAAUUUUCAUCUAGUUAUAAAAUACGUAUAAGUUCUAAAGAAAUAAAAGUUUGUAAAACUGCUUUUUGUGCAUUGUUUGGUGUUGGGAAAAGUGUUAUUGAUAGACUCAUAAAAAAUUUAAAAUCUAAUAAUAUACCAAGUCCAAUAGAUUGUCGUGGUAAGCAUCAAAACCGACCAAAUAGAAUUACUGAAGAUGUCUUGUUUAAAAUUAAUACUCAUAUUAAUAGCUUCCCUAAAUGUGAGUCACAUUAUAGUCGAAACGACAACAUGAAUGUUAGAUAUUUAUCACCAAACCUAAAUAUUUCAAAAUUAUAUAAACUUUAUUUGAAGGAGUAUGAACCUGAACAUUUUGAAUCAAUGCAAAAAGGUGAAAAGAUAAAACCUAUCGUUAAACAAGAUUUUUUUUAUGACUAUUUUAGAAACAAUUUUAAUUUAUCCUUUGGUACACCAAAAACAGACACCUGUCAAACUUGUGACAAGCUUAAAGUAUUAAUUAGUGAUGAAACUGAUGUAGAAAAAAAACAGGAGUUCGAAGUUGAAAAAGAUAUCCAUUUAAAGAAAUCGGAACUGUUUUACAAUGAUUUAAAAAUGUAUGCUAAAGAAGCACAAUCAAAUACAAAUAUUGAAGUCUUAGCAUUUGAUUAUCAGCAGAAUAUGCCUCUUCCCCACAUUCCAUGUGGAGAUGUCUUUUAUAAACGACAGUUAUGGGUUUUUAAUUUUUGCAUAUAUUCUGCAAAGACUGGGCGAUCAUAUCAUUACAUGUAUGAUGAAUCAAGCGGAAAAAAGGGACAAAAUGAAGUGAUGAGUUUCCUCUACCAUUUUUUAAAAAAUAUUCUUUCACCAGAUGUAAAAAAAAUCUAUAUUUUCAGCGAUAACUGCAGCUCUCAAAAUAAAAAUAUAGGAUUAGUUCAAUUUUUUUAUACAAUAGUUCAAUCCAAAUGUUUUGGUUUGGAGAGCAUUCAUCAUCGCUACCCAGAACCUGGCCACAGCUUUCUUCCAUGUGAUAGAUGUUUUGGAAGAAUUGAAAAAAAUAAAAGAAAAGUAGAAAGAAUAUUUAUUCCAGAAACUUAUAAAGAUAUUAUCCGAGAAACCUCACACAAAUUCCAUGUGAUUGAUGUAUCACAAGAUAUGAUAUUUAAUUUUUCAGAUUAUACUAAAAUAUUGUAUAAAAAAACAAUAACUAGUAUUGAUAAACAAAAGUUUUGUAUUAUGUCCUACAGAAGUAUAGAAUACAGACAAGAUGGUUUAUUUUGCAGUGUAGCUGCAAAUUCAACUGCAAAAGAAAAAUUUCAUCCUGAAAAAAAAGGUGCUACAUUGAAGAUGAUAGAAGAAAGAUUGACAAAACUUCAUAAUGGAGUAAUACAAAUUAAAGAAGCAAAAUUCAAUGAUGUUCAAGAUCUUGCAACAAAGUAUGUCCCGGCUAAUAAUAUGUGGUUUUAUAAUAAUCUUGUUAAAGAAAUUAAUGAAAACUUACCAAAUGAUGACUAA